AUGAGCUCAACAAACUUUGCCGCUGCUCAGGAACGAGUUUUAGAACGCCGCCGCUUGCGCGAGGCCGAAGCUCGCAACCGGCUGGCGGAACAGCAGCGUGCAUCACCGCUGAACCAUCCAGCGCUCAGCCGACUACCGUAUCCGUUGAACAGAAUCCCACAAUCCAGUGUCACGUUAUGGAACUCCAUCAAGGGGCGAGAAGGAGGCAGACCUGCUUUCCGUGUUGGUCAAGUGGAUGCCGAGCUCCUCGAUGAAGAGUUGCUCGGGCUUCUUAAGGGGCAGGUUGGAAAUGCUUUGAAGUACUUCGGGGCCCAAUUACGGGAAGACUGGUCUCACGAAAUCCAAUUCGCCCUCCGUGCAAUCUUGUUCAAACUUUCGAUAUGGGAUCAUAAUGCCUCCUACGGUGCUGCCCUCCAGGGACUGCGAUACGUCGAUAGUCGCAGCAAAGGGCCCGUUCAUUCUACCCCCACAAAAUGGCAAAAGAGCCUAUAUGGCUUACUCACAGUUGGUGGUCGCUACGCCUGGGAGAAAUGGGAGUCAUGGUUGAUUAGCCAAGAAGGUGGUUAUGAAGAGCCAUCGCGGGAUGUUCGAAUGCUAGCUCGGCUUACGGAUUUGAUCUCUACCACCCACUCAAUCGCAGCUUUCGUUUCAUUCCUCGUCUUCCUGGUGAACGGCCGAUACCGGACAUUAGUCGACAGAAUCCUUCGCAUACGCCUUACCCCUCCGUCAGCUCAGUCAGCUCGCGAGGUGUCUUUUGAAUACCUCAAUCGGCAGCUCGUAUGGCACGCAUUCACGGAAUUCCUUCUCUUCCUGUUGCCCCUUGUUGGAAUCAGUCGGUGGCGGCGUUGGUUAUCUAGAGCAUGGCGGAAAACGAUAUCUGCCAUCAGAUCGAGGGAUGGCGAUGAAGAUGAAGUAGAGAAGCGGGGAGAAUUGGCAUUCCUUCCAGAGCGAACAUGUGCUAUAUGCUACAAAGACCAAAAUCCUGCCUCCACUUCGGAAAACGAUAUCAUUGCGGCGUCGGCCGGGGGUAUCGUCGGCUCUGCACAGACGGACAUCACAAAUCCUUACGAGACGGUCCCUUGCGGCUGUAUAUACUGCUUCGUUUGCCUUGUGCAGAAGGUGGAAGGAGAAGAAGGAGAGGGCUGGGUUUGUUUGCGUUGCGGCGAGAUCGUCAAAAAGUGCAAGCCAUGGAAUGGCGAUGUCAUUGAAGAAGUUCGACCUCCCACAACCUCCGGAAAAAUUGUGGGGUUCGCUAUGGAUAAAGAUGCGGUUACUCAGGAUUCCAUAUCUGGCCAGGGACCAAAAACUCUUGCCGAGGAGUUAGGUGCCUCGCAAGAAGCCGGUCAUGACGAGGCAUUGGACCACUCUGGCCAGUGGUCUAAAGUAGACAAGGAAUCAGUGGAUGAAGCGGAGGUUGCAUUGGAUGAGGAAGUCAAGGAAUCUGAGUGA